UAUUGCCUUCUAGGUCAAAUGUUAAACUUAUGUACCUAUGAUAUCAGUGUCCUAUUUAAUGACUUAAAAAAACAGGCAUAACCAAUCAAACCAGCCUCUGAUAUCUACAGGCUUAAAUACACCAGCACCAUUUUACACUAUCUACACAAGCUAACUUUGCUUGGAAAGGUCUUCACAUCAGCACCACAACAUGGAAAAUUACUACAUUUCUACAAUGUGUUUAACCAUAAUAUACUGCAUGACUUUGAUUGACCAAGUCAACAGUGCAAGAUUUUUGGGAAUAUGCAUGCCGUUUAAAAGUCAAUUAAUAGACACACAGGCACUUCUCCUUGGAUUAGCAGACAGAGGUCAUGAAGUCUACAUCGUCAUGCCACAGCCAAUGCUUCCAAGUUUACCCAGUGGGUUUUUUGACAAGAGGAUUCAAGUUCUAUUGUUCAAAACAAGGUCAGAUGAAUUUUUGGUGUUUGAAACAGCAGAAUUCCAGAAAAAUGGAAUAUUUUCAUACUUUGAUAGACCAACGGACAGAACCUUUCCUUCUCAUAAAAUUGCACAAUUAAUCAAUAAUUUCCGAGAUGUGUUCACCAAAAACUACACGGCAGACAUGUUGAAAGACACCGACUUCAACAAAAAGUUAAAAGAUCUUAAGAUCGACAUGGUUAUUGUACAGAAUGCUUUUAUAUCUUUUUCAACUGCAUACCUACUACCCAUUAUACACAAUAUCCCAUAUGUGUCAGGUGUUGCUUUUCCACCCACUGAAUCUGGAGCACCAUCUCUGCCUUCCAUUGUUCCCAAUUUUUUAUCUACCUAUUCAGAUACUAUGAACUUCUGGCAACGGACUGUGAAUUUUUUACUCUUUAUGCAUUACCAAUAUAUGGUUACUUGCUCAAUCCCAUAUGAUUUUCAUGCAGAAUCUUUGGAAGGAAUUCCAAAGAAAAACUUUCAUCAGAUAUUAGCCGACUCGGAAUUGUUUAUAGUGACUGGAAGGCACCCUGCGUUAGACUUUCCACAACUUACGUUGCCAAACACCAUAUUUGCUGGAGGAAUGAGUGCAAAACCUGGAAAACCUCUCCCCAAAGAUCUUCAAACUUUCAUGGAAGGUCAUAAAAAUGGUGUCAUUGUUGUUAGUUUUGGAUCCAUUGCAAGUUAUCUUCCAGAUUAUGUCAUAAAAAAAAUGGUUGAAGCUUUUGGUAAAAUAAAAUAUGGAGUCAUAUGGAAACAUACAGGACCAAAACCAGACUCUGUCACGCCAAAUGUAAAACUUUUACCAUGGCUUCCACAAAAUGAUCUCUUGGCUCACCGUAACACCAAACUUUUCAUCAGCCAUUUUGGUCUUGGAGGAGCCUUUGAAUCUUUUUAUCAUGGCGUACCUGUGAUUGGACUACCUCUCAAUGGAGACCAGUAUUAUAAUAGCAAUAGAGCUCAGCAUAGAGGCAUAGCUAAAGUCAUGGACAUUCUCUAUUUCACCACAGAAGAAUUAGUAGGCAAUAUUAAUACUAUGAUUGACAAUUCUUCCUACGUUGACAAAGCCAAAAAACUUUCAGCAAUUUAUCGAGACCAGCCAUGGACACCUCAACAGCUCACUACCUAUUGGAUAGAACAUGUCCUUAAACAUGGCGGCACGUACUUGCAUUCUCCUACGGUAUUGAUGUCAUGGUAUCAAUACUACUUGCUUGAUGUCAUUGCCUUUCUGCUUGUUGUGUCUAUUGUCGUACUGACAUUGUGUAUAUUAUGUUAUCGAUGCUGCUGUAGAAUAUUUUGUAAAAAGAAAACUAGCACUAAACCCAUCAAGAUGAAAACUAAAUAGCACGCUGUAGUAUUUGCAUCUAGUGAAUUUCCUAAUUAUGGUUGCAUAUUUGUCCUUACUAUCAACUAUAACUUAUGGAACUGUGACUAGUAAUUUAAAUUAAGAAUUGGUAUUAACUAUCAAGUUCUUAAGUCAGACUUUUCAACUCUCUGCUUCAUCAGUUAAGCUUAAACAAUACAUGUGAUAUGUAAACCCGAGAUCAAUCUUGCUGAAAUUAGUCCUGUGAUUUUAAACUGAUGAAUGUAGCAUUCAUUUUACUUUUUUAAUAUCUAAUGCUGUUGCUAUGGCUUUUCAAACUUCUUUAUAGACACUGAAGUUUCUUGUAUUAUGGUUUGUGUUAAGUUGAUAAUCAAAUGUUUCAAGAGGUCUAAUUUAAAUAUCUGAAGUUGUGAUUUCUUUA